UUUAUUUUGACAUUUGCCCGGCACUCACGUGGUGACAGUAACAGUAAACAAGUGGGUGAUAGAGGCAAAAUGGGUUCUGAAGCGAUAGACUUCGGUGAAUUAAAGAACGAUACCAACUUUGUUAACAAAGUGACAAACAUAUCGGCUACACUCGAUAAAAUAGAAGAAAGUAUCCAGCAAAUGCUGGAGGUGAGAGACUAUGAGCGUCUUUCGACCCAAGAGAAGGUGAAGUAUGACCUCUACCUUUCGUACGCGAUAAACUCGCUCUACUGGAUGUACGUAAAGAUACAAGGAAUGGAUCCUAACAAUCAUGACAUCAAACACGAACUGUCUCGAGUCCGGCAAGCGAUGAUGAGGGACAAGGCGCUGCACGACAGGAAUACGAUUCGACCGGUCCUGGAUCAAGGAGCGGCCGGAAGAUUCAUCCGCCACGGGUUGCACAAGAAGCGACAGGACGACGAGAACCAAAACAGAGAGUUCGGAGGGCCUUCUUCUACCCUGAAGAAUAAGCACAAGAGAUUUGAUGACUAAACUACGUGCCGAUGGCCGCUUUGCCUUGUACAUAGACAAAUUCUAAUUUUAAUGGUGACCCAUCCGGCGUAUUAGAAGUGUAUGAUGUGUGUUUGCCUUUGUGUGAUUUAAGCUAUGAGUUUUAUGAACAAUGAGAGAAUUUUGUAAGUGGAUUAAGUAUUGUCCUAUUGUGAACGUUAAAGUAAUAAACAAAUGUUUUUUAAAAUG